UCCACGCUUCUUUGAUUCGUCUUCUCAUCUACAAUCAACCAUUCAUCAUCACCAGGCUUCAGCAACUGGACCGUCGAUCCAAACCGUUCUCAACAUGACUUCCACUACCCAAGUCCUCGGCGGCAUCACCGUGCCCAACACGCCCGCCAUCACCGCGGCCAUAUCCUAUGCCCGGGCCCACUCGGACGACAUGACCUACAACCACAUCAUGCGAUCGUUCCUUUUCGGCCACUGCAUUGCCUCGAAGCUGCCGCACCUCAAGAACCUCGACCGCGAAGCCCACGCCGUCGCUGCAAUCCUGCACGACCUCGGCUGGGACUCGACCGGCGAACUGAUCUCCAAAGACAAGCGCUUCGAAGUCGACGGCGCCGAGGCGGCCAGGAACUUCCUGCGUGGUUUGAACACUAAAGGCGACGAAGCUUGGGACGAGCGCCGCCUCCAACUCGUCUGGGAUGCCAUCGCGCUGCACACUUCCGACACCGUUGUCGCGCACAAGGAGCCGGAAUGUGUGGCCUGUUGGCUGGGCAUCGUGGCUGAUUUCGCGGGCCCGGACCACUCACCGGAGGGGUCGUUGACGUGGGCUGAGUAUGACGGCAUCGUGAAAGAGUAUCCGCGGUUGAAGAUGAUUGCUGGGAUCAAGGAGAUUUUGUGUGGAUUUUGUAGGUCGAAGCCGGAGACUACGUAUGACAAUUUCGUGGGUGCGGUUGGGCAGAGAUACCUCGAGGGGUUUUCGUUGGAGGGCCAUACUUGGCCGGACCGAAUCGAGGCGUGUCCUUUGCCAGACUCGUUUUGAGGGAAAGAGCGCGUUUAAUCGGCUGCGAAGCCUUUUUGUGGGACUGUGUAGAGCCCAACGGAUACUAUUUGGCGGGUUGAAAUCCUUACUUCGUUGCAAUCUGAUGCUGCAAGUUGGGUGGUGAUGCUCUAAUGGCGUCUGCUUGGUACUUUUUGAGGAUCCAAUACGGAAAGAUAUUGCGACAAAAUCCUUCGGUUACGCCAGAAGUCAUGUGCGAGGUAGAUCGGAGAGCAGGAA